AAAGCUGCCCUCCAUCCAACCUCGAAGAAUGAACGCGCCUAUUUGAUGAACGUAAUUACAGCGUGCGUCCUCUCCAUGGUUUGCCUUUUAGUCACUCAUAUCAUUUGCAAAUUAGAAGCGUAUUAAUGUGGCUACUAGACCCACAUUAUGUGGGACGAGUUGUGGUGGAGUAUUUUACAUCUUGUAGGUCUGUAUGGAAUCUGACUUCAGUGCGUAAAAAUAUGUCUGGACCAGAAUAAACCGUUAAAACGCAUCAGAAAAUGCUGCUUUCCCAUUAACAUCUCGUUACAUUCUGUGCUAACAAUGAGCCUUCAUGUGUUUCUGACAGUGUUGUCAGCUGAGCUUUAAUAGAUUAAACAGUCCCAUUCAGAGGCCACCGGGUUUGCGUGGCCUGCUGUGCCAUAAUGCGCGGCACAAGCCCUCCAAUGACUGCUAAAUACUGAGUGUUUUCUGUCAAUAUUAGCGGGACUACUUCAGGGGGAAGUUUAUAAUUGGACACGUGUUUUUCCCCUGCUUUUUGUCGUUUGGAGAUCAACUGAUUCCUUUGUAAUUCGUUUUUAAAGCAAUGAACGAUCCACAAGGAGGGGUAAAGUGUUCUUAAGAGCUCCCUUUCAGCCUUUAGAAUAGACCAGAGCAACCCGCCGAGAAACAUGGAGGCCCUGGAAGUAUUUAAUCCAGGAGCUGUGUGCACGGGGCUGUCACACAGCAGAGGUCCAGGCACAUGCAGGUAGGCAGUUAGUUGUCAGGGAGUGGAAAAGAAACUGUUUGGAAAAUAUGGAGGACAUGCUUUUUGACUUUGACCAGGAUGGGAACACUGAUUUUGCAUUCUGGGGACAAAUGGACCAAAACUUCCAGUUCCAGACCCAGCUGGACACCUUCCUGCUGGACUACACCACAGCCACGGGCCAGCUGUCGCCCUGGUCCUCCCUGGGCAGUCAGUCCAUGUUCCCGGACUCACAGCUGACCUUCACCGACCUCGACGUGCAGUCUCCCGGGGGGGACGUGUCCGCUGAAGGGGAAGGCUCCUCCAUGGAUGAUCCCCUGGAGGUGUCCAAGCGCAGGGCGCGCCGCCUGGUGUCCCAUCAGCCCUACAAGGUGCAGCGACACGCCGCCAACAUCCGGGAGAGGAAGAGGAUGCUGAGCAUCAAUUCCGCCUUCGAGGAGCUGCGCUGCCACGUGCCGACGUUUCCCUACGAGAAGCGGCUGUCGAAGAUCGACACCCUGAGGCUGGCUAUAGCCUACAUCGCCCUGCUGAGGGAGAUCCUCAUGUCCGGCUGCGACCCCAAAGCCUAUGUGGACGAGUGCAUGAAGAAUGGCUACAAGAACCAGACCAACGCCAUCUGGAACACAAGUGAUCUGACAGCCCGCCUCUCUUGGAUAAAGUGGGAUUAACUGAGGAGCAUGGGGCUCCCCGAGAGUGGAGAUGACAGCAGGGAGGAGGCUCAGGUUUGUUCCUCUCUACAUGUCAAAGACAGGCGGCCGGCCUGCAUCUGCAGACUUCUCAUCGGGUCACACACCUCAGGCUUUCUCAACCUCACCCACUCCUUGGCUUUUAAUAUUCUAAUUUAUUGUUGACUGGUAAUUGAGAGCCAUUGUUUCUGGGGCUGGGGAGGGAAAGAGGGUUGGCAUUGUGUGCCCAAAUGGAUGCCACUUGUCGCGGACAGAGAGAGGGCCACGCUGGCAUGAGACUGAAUGGACUUUCCUAAGGGCUCAUACUUCUGCAUGUAGCGCUCAAGUGUUUUCUGCACUCUCGCUCAUUAGUGUGCGAGUCGAUGUGUUAAAAAGAGCCUUGAUCAUGUAAAUGAGACAAUGGGCGUGAGAAGCAGAUCAGUGCAAUGUGUUUUAGCAUGUCAGCUGCUGUUUCCAAACACGGCCAUAAGGCUGAUAGUGUUUGUUUUAUGUAUCAUCUGUUCUAUUUAUUUAUUUAUCUAUUUAUGUAUUCUUAUUUAUGGGGUAUUUAUGACAAUAUGCUUUUGGGGACUUGUUUUUCAAGAAACUUUUAUUGUUACUUUGAUUAUUUAUUGUUGUAUUUAUUGUGAUUUACUGUAUAUUUAAAGUGACUUCAUGCUAUGUGAAAGUGCCAUUUUCCAUUCACCCUCCUGUUAUGUUGGUUUCUCAGGAACAGCAGUAAUGUCAGUGGGUCAAUUUGACCUUAGGCAUGUUUAAUUAUCCAAAAGUGUCAGAAACUAAAAAAUCCCAAUAAACAUUGUUUAUAUUUCAUCAAUAACUCCACUACUAACCAUUUCAAUCAAUAUUUAGUGCAAUGGUGUUCUUUACCUCUCACAGAUCAGGUUCAAUGAGGAUAAUUCACUGUUUUGUUUUGUUUUGUUUUUAAAUGCAUGUUUAAAAUUUUUUGUAUGUACAUUGGAAAGACCUACAUAUAAAAUACAAUGUUUUCACAUCAGGUUGAUUUUUUAAUUUUGAAAUGGGUCUAUUUGACCCGCAACAUAGCAGGAGGGUUAAUUGAUCACCACAGCUUUCUGUAAUAGUUUUAUGUAUUUUUACAGGAUCAUAAAGCGUCCUAUAUCUAUCUUCCCCAGUUUUUUUUUUCAGUUUUGGUCCUCAAGAUCUUUAAUCUGUUCCAGGGGUCAGCGAAGCAGCUCACCUCUCCUGGGUCAUCCUGAUAUCUUUUCCUGUUAGAUUUAUAAAUGACUCCAAAUCACGCUGGAUAUUUCUGUUCAUACCAGAGGACCAGGUUUAACCAAUUUCCUAUCACACACACCCCAUAAAUGAAGUCAACACUUGAGGACAGUGACUCCAGGUGGAGCGCUGUGCUCCCCACAUGACCUGAGUGAGUGAAGAGUGUUACAGGUGUCGUUCCUCACAGUGAGCUUUGUUCCUAGAAUUAAACUGCUGCUGUGGCUAACAGCAUGAUGGAUGGACUGCUGGUAUGAGUGUAGCCAGCUGCCAAAGUCGCUGUUGAACAGGACAAAGGAUUUCCACGUGAGACUGAGAAAGUAUUAAUUAUUAAAAAGUUGAAAAUGUGUGACAAAAAGUCAUAAUUAUGAGAUAAAGAUUUGAAAAAUGUGAGAUGAAUCCUUAUUAUGAGAUAAAAAUGUCAUAAUUAUGAGUAAAAAAGGUCAACUA